AUGGUUAAGUUUCUGAAGCAGAACAAAGCUGUGAUCCUCCUUCAAGGUCGCUACGCCGGUAAGAAGGCUGUGAUCAUCCGUUCCUUCGACGACGGUAACCGCGAGCGUCCUUACGGACACUGCCUCGUCGCCGGACUCAAGAAGUAUCCAAGCAAAGUCAUCCGCAAGGACUCAGCCAAGAAGACGGCGAAGAAAUCGAGAGUCAAGUGUUUCAUCAAGGUCGUGAACUACCAGCAUCUGAUGCCUACUCGUUACACAUUGGAUGUAGAUCUGAAGGAAGUUGCGACUCUCGAGGCUCUGUCUUCGAAGGACAAGAAGGUUGCUGCUCUUAAGGAGGCUAAGGCGAAGCUCGAGGAGAGGUUCAAGACUGGUAAGAACAGGUGGUUCUUUACCAAGCUCAGGUUCUGAGAACUGAGUUUCUUUACAGUCUACUUUUGUAGUUCUAGAAAUGAAUGAGGAUCAUGUUUUGGAUGGUGUAAGACUUUUGGUUUGAAAUUUAUUCUGGGUUUUGUCUUUUUUUCUUGUCAGUUAUAAUCUUUUGUGUGGAAUUAGCUGCAAGUGACUGAUUUGAAAUAUGUUUAAUUUUCAUUAUUCACACUGCU